UCAUGAGCUAUAACGCUGGAAAGACAAUCUCCCUUUCAGAAUCCCAGGAUUACUCCUGGAUCUGUGAGGGGAUUUAGUAGCCACAUUCUGGUUAUCCAACAUGAAUCUGUCAGUGUGAGUGGGAAAUAGAAAUCACCUCAGAACAUUUGGCUGCUCUGAUUUUUUUUUUUUUCUGUCUUCUUUUCUGUCAAGGUUCCCUCUGUCUGAUCACCAUUCUUCCACCCUGAACAUGGACGGAAUGAUUCCACUUCAUGUAUUUCUAGGGACUCUUUUCCUUUGUCAGACAGGAAUUGGAGUUCUGGGGAACUCCAUUCUCCUGUCUUUUUUCAUCUUCACUCACCGUAAGCUGAGGGCCACAAACCAAAUCAUCAGCCAGCUCACUUUAGCCAACUUCCUUUCUGUGCUCUCCAGGGGGAUCCCAAUGACAAUAUCUGCAUUUGGGGUGAAAGACUUCCUGGAUGACACCUGGUGCAAAAUUGAUUUUUAUCUUCAGAGAGUCAGCCGGGGUUGUUCUCUCUGGAGCACUUGCCUGCUGAGCGGCUUCCAGGCGGUUGUCAUUAGUCCCAACACCUCCCCGUGGAAUGAGCUCAAAGCCAGAGCUCCCAAGUACAUCAUCCCUUCCUGCCUCUUCUGCUGGAUCUUUAGCCUAUUCUCAGAAGCUGGCGUUAUUGUAGGCAUGAAAGGCCCACGCAGCAGCAAUAACAGCUCUGUGAUAACAUUUGACCUCAUUUUCUGUACUUGGAAAAACCCGGCCAGGUAUUUUAUAUUGUUAACUACCUUCCAAGACGUGUUCUGUGUGGGGCUGAUGAUAUGCAUAAGCAGCUACAAGAUAAUUCUCUUGAGAAAACACUACCAGCAAGUCCAGCACUUGUACUGGACCAGCUGCUACCUCAGAGCCUCCCCGGAGAUCCGGGUGACCAGGUCCAUCCUGCUGCUGGUGUUCAUUUUUGUCUCCUUUUACUUAAUCAACUGCAUCUUUGCCAUGUCCCACAACAUUUUUCUAUACUCCAGCAGGUGGCUGGUGAAUGGGUCUGCAUUUUGUGUGCUAUGUUUCCCAACAAUCAGCCCCUUCCUUCUGAUCUCCAGAGACGGCCAAAUAGCCAGAGCCUGCUGUGCUCCCAUAGACAAGCACAAGCAUGAGCCUCCUGCUUAA